AUGAGCUCGCUCAUAGUUGCUAUAGAUAGAAAGCUAUUCAAUGCUUUGAAAAGGCUGAAGAGGAAAAAUGUGAAGCUUCUAAUAUUCAUUACAGCAACAUUAAAUCUCAUAUUAUUUGUCCUAUAUCUGCAUCAUUAUGAACACAGUUCAUUACAGGACAAUAUAGUGGUAAAUUCUUUAUAUUCAUUAUUUUCAAUUAUGCAAGAUGCAGAUGAAGAUGUUAUUACCUCGGCUGCUAUUCUUUACCAUAAAUUAAACUUCAAUACUGAAGCUAAGUGGAUAAAUAGGUAUUAUCUCCACGAAAAUCUACUGACAGUACCGUAUGGGAAUCGGAAAAAUGAAAGGUUAGAAUCCAUUAAUGAUUUAGAAUUUUAUGACUCAGAUCCAAGAUUAUCUUGGUCAGUCUAUUUAAACUAUCUUAUAAAUAAUGAGGAAAACUUUGAGGAAAUGCCAUUUUCCUGGUAUGAUUGGAUGGAUUUUGAUAUGUACAAUAAACUACUCUCCGUGCGACAUUCAAAUGAAAAUAACUUCACAUGUGAAUUUGCAUUUAAACCUUCAUUCGACUUUGAUACCCUGAAAUCCAUAGAAAGUGCACUACAAGAACGCUUAUUUGAAUUUGAGCAUGAGAAAUAUGAUGAUAGAAAUACCUACCAACAAAUUUCCAAAGUAAGAAACAAUGUUGACAUUGAAAAAAGUUGUCAAACAGUUCCCGGGGGACCAUUUCAGUUGCCUUUCAAUGUGACAACAUUAGUAGACUCCGUAAGACCAGAAAUGUAUUUCAUUAAUGCUAAAAACUACCUACUCCAUAAUUUUAAUAAUCCAAUUUCCAUUACCAUUUUAGAAGGUGGCAAAAACUCUUACCGUGUGAAUAUAGAUCAACAUGAUAAUUCGAAUAUGAUACAGUCCGGUCUUCUAAAACAAUUCGUAGAAGAACAAACUUCGAAGCAAAGCAAUAGAAACAAAAACAUUGAGUUCGACCAUAUCUCAUUUUAUGAAAAUUUCUUGAAGACUGAUAUUGCUUCCAAAUUAAGGAUCGAAAUACCAUACUGCAAUAAAGACAUAUUUAACAAAAAUUUGGUAGAUUUGUCAAUUGAUGAUUUUGCCUUCGACGUAGCUGAGAGAAUCAAAGGGCUACGUCAUGAUCUACAGACCUUCAACAAUUUAACGAGGCACGAUCUAAACUAUCUUUCCUCCUUAGAAAACUCGAUUAAUAUUAAUCCAGCAUUGGCACCAAAAUAUUUUAAUGAAGCUAGGAAUAUUUUACAAUUUAAAAGUUUGGGGCAUCACAGAGACAAAAGAUUUUUCAACGGACCAACAACCGAAGGAAGCGUUGAAUAUGCUGACAGACUAAAUUCACUGAUUAGAACAUUCCAGAAAUUCACUAUAUCCAACGGCAUUGUUUCAUGGUUAUCUCACGGAACGUUAUAUAGCCAUCUGUAUGAUGGUCUUGCUUUCCCUUGGGAUAACGAUUUUGAUUUGCAAAUGCCAAUAAGUCAUUUACAUUAUAUGGCUCAGUACUUCAACCAGAGUAUUAUUUUAGAAGAUCCGAGAGAGGGAAAUGGCAGAUUUUUACUCGACGUUGGCAGCUCAAUAUCUGUCAGAACUAAGGGUAAUGGUCUAAAUAAUAUUGAUGCGAGAUUCAUUGAUAUAGAUAGUGGUAUCUAUAUUGAUAUUACAGGGCUAAGUUUCUCUAGUGAACCCAUUCCUCUAAACAAGAGAGUCUCUUUACUUACCGCAGAUGCUAUGGAGGCUGCACUGGUAGAUGAAACAGUCAAAAAUCCAGGUGACGAUAUUAAAAACCCAGAAUUGGGUGCAGAGUUGGCAGCUUUGACUAUUAGCGAAUUAAAGAUAUACGUUGAUGAACAUCCCAAUGAGUUUGCUACCGAUCAGAAAAAGAAAAUAGCAGAUAUGGCUAAAAUUGAGGGUAAAUUACCAAUAACUUCACCAUCAAAAGGUCUAACACAAUUACAGAGAUAUUUGCUAAAUAAGAGACUGCAAAUGGUUAAUUGUAGAAACGGCCACUUCAGUAGAUUUGAUAUGAUUUCCCCGCUUUCGAAUUCAUAUUAUCAUGGAGUGCCUGCUUUAAUUCCAAAUAAAGUUGUUACUUCUCUAUUGAAGGAAUAUAACCUACCUGCAAACUUCGACUUCCUUGUUUAUGAAGGAAGAGCUUUUGAACCUAAAAUGAAAUUCUGGAUAAGCGUCAGUAAUCUAAGGAGUGCCAUGAACACAGCUAAGGACCAAAAUUUAGAAUAUAUCGAAUCUACUCCUGAUACUUUAAGCUUCAAUGAUCUACUCCGCGCCAUAAAAAAUCUAAUAAAAAUAGGUAGCCAUGACUAUCUUUCUGCAUUUUUCAAUUCCCUUUCUAUGACUAACUACAGAUUAAAAGAGUUAGAAAUAAUGUAUGACGACAGUAUUACUGCGGAUGAAAAGCAAAUUGCAUUACAAUAUUUAAGAACAACAGUAGGUCCAACAAUCUCAUCUCCUGGUAAGGAUCCAAUCAUUUAUACACAAGAGAAGAACUUGUGGAAAUCAUACGAGGCAAAACUUUCAGAGGAAGAAAAGGCUGAUAUUAUACUGUACGUCGAAGUAAAUGCACUGAAUAACUUCUGGGAAAAAUUCUCCGACCUUUACAAUAAUAGACUUUACGAUGCUUCUGGGGAAGUUAACUUAAAUGAAGUUGGACUCGACCUCUUUCAUAAUUAUAAGGAGCAGGGUAUGAAUAUUUUUGCUAAAGAUCCGAAUAUCAACUGA